CUAACAGUAAUUGACUGGUUGUGGUUUUUGACUAAUAGUAAUUGACUGGUUGUGGUUUUGACUAACAGUAAUUGACUGGUUGUGGUUUUUGACUAACAGUAACUGACUGGUUGUGGUUUUGAUGACUUUAUUUUACAGAUUCCAGAGGAACACCUCGGUUCCCUAUGGGUAUGGAGGGCUAACAACGAGAGUAUGCCAGGGAAGGAGUUGUUUCCUCCUGGUGAAGGUGUCCCUAAUGCAGACACAGUGCUUUAUAUCACAGCAAAGACAACAAGGACUUGUUAUCAGAGAAAUAAUCACAUUACACUGGCAUACUCUGGCUACUGUCAACUGGACCAGUAUGAUCGCCCAAUCGCAGGCUACAUCAACUUCUGUCCCUACCUCAUCAGAGCUACAAACAUGACACAGGAAAAAGUGUACAUGGGGGAUCCAGAAAAGUCUCUGGCGCUCCAGGAGGAAGUAAAGACCAUGCUUACCAAGGCCAAACUUGUCAUCUAUUAUUGUAGUGUCGUCCAUGAGCUGUUCCAUGCCCUAGGGUUCUCCAAAGGCUUGUUUGACAAGUUCAGGGACUGUUCUCACUCAGUUGAAGGAAACUGUCCCCGGCGUAUGUCGAGAGUGGUACGAGAGAUCUACGGUGUGACACGUCUCGUCACCUCGUCUGUCAUACGACAUGCUCAGGAACACUUUGGCUGUCUUACUGAGGAGAGGUUUGGGGGACCGCUGCAUGUGGAGAACGGUGUGGUAUCAUCCCACUGGAGUCAGAAGUUGAUGUAUGGUUCUAUCAUGGCCCCAAAGUUAGGAAUGGCUCAUCAAACAGUGGUUGACCCUUUGACCUUGGCAUUCUUUGAGGACACUGGAUGGUACAAGGUGGACUAUGAUCAAGCAGGACAAUAUCUUUGGGGAAAAGAUACUGGAUGUAAAUUUGGGUUCCAUGAGAGUUGUCAGAGAGAUUCAAGGUUCUUCUGUAAGACUGGAAAUGGUAAGUCCUGUCACUAUCUCCACAAGGACAAAGGCCACUGUAAGACAGUGGACAGGUACUGUGGUAUGGUGGAGUCUGACCAAGGGGACCAGUGCUUUCUCCCUAUUACGAACACAAAGGUAUCUGGUCUGGAGAAGUACAGUCAGUCAAGUCUGUGUUUCAUGUCCAAUCUCACAAUGUCGGGAAAUGAUUUCGCCCCACUAGAAGGAAUGUGCCUACAACACAGAUGUGAUGUCAAACAAACAUUAGAGGUCAAAGUUGAGAGUUCAGCCUGGAUUGUUUGUCCGUAUGGUCAUACCAUCAAUGUGCCCGGUUACCAUGGUUACGUGAAGUGUCCUGAUAGUAAAGAAGCUGUAUGUCCAUUGGUGGAGGAAACUGUUGACAUGACAACAGUAAAAGACAGCACCACUAUGACACCUGAAACUACCACCUGGACUGAGACGUCAUCAGUUAUCAACGUUUCACAUAUCUCAACCAUCCACAUACAAACAACAAAGCAAGAAAAAGCCUUGUCAUCAGGCUGUACAUGGAAGUCUCAGUUACACACUUUCAUCAUAAUUCUUCAUUCCACAGUUUUUAUGUUCUGGUGAUUCAAAAAUUGUGAUACUGAUCUUGGGAAAUCAUUUACAAAUACAAUACAUUUAUAGACAUCCUACUGUAAUGUAUGCUAGUUUUUACCUGUAUUUGUACCAAAUGUGUGUUACUUGUAUUGUUACGUGUGAAGGAUUGCGUCUUAUUAUGUGGGUUCAUUCAUGCAUAUAUAUACAGCUGGCCAUGGGCCGGUCUCACUCUCUGGGAGAGCGGACCAGUGACCAGCGAGUGAUACUCAGGUGAGGGAGACAAUAGAGCUAAACACUCGGUGAUGUGAGGAAAACCUCCGGACCGGAACGGCAGAGUGUUGACGUCGGCGGGUGGGCACAGGUUUUUGCCAGGUACGCGCAGGGGCGUUUGGGAAUGCCAGAGCCUCUGGUUGGAUCCUCCUCAUGGCACCGAGUGAACGUCACUGACGCUAACCCCGGCGCAGAAUGUAAUCGGGUACUCACAUUAUAAGUUGCACUAUUCCUAAACGUUGUUGUAAAUGUUGCCAGUGCUAAUAAAUGUUGAAAA